UGUCGACGACGACGGCGAAUUUCAGUGUCACCCUCACUUUUGUACGAGCUGCAGUGAAAGAUGAAGUCGUUCUGUGCUGUAGCCCUGCUCGCCCUACUGGCCGUGUGCGCGCUGGGUGAAGAACAAGAUGAGCGCAGACUUCCUCCUCCCCAGAACUGCCGUCCGCCGCCCGACCAAUGCUUCAUCAGCCUCCAGCCUAUCUGCGCCCGGCAGGAGAUCGGCUACCAGGUGCAGUACAAGACCUUCAGCAGCCCAUGCGACAUGGAGGAGUACAACUGCCUUUACGGCACACGCUACCGUGAGAAGAGCAGCGGCCGCUGCCGAGGUGCUGGCGCCUACUUUCCCGGGUCCGUAGGGGAGUUUGGGGACGAGCAGCAGCAGGACGCUGCGGCGACAGCGGAGACAGCGGCGCCCAGGGAACUGAACGCGUCCGUGAUCCCUAACUGAACGAGGGAUCAACGAGAACCACCUCGGACGGCCGCGGUCGCCGUAAAAAGAAACGGACCCCCGCGCGACGGACACCCGCGAAAAAAAGGAAGUAAUAAAACAUAAAAACAGAGAGAAACGAA